UUUAUGAUUUUAUCACGCCCACCUGGCCGGAAUUCUUAUCAUCACAAAAGCCCUUUUUGUCUUUUGCAAAGGAGGAAUAUGACCAUACAUCUGGACAUUCCGUUAAGAGUGGGAUUGGGAGAAGAUCUUCCAUGCUCUCUUCCUCUAUUUGAUGGGUGGCAUAGGAUAGGAGUAAGAGAGGAAUCCUUUUAAACUCUCUUUUCCAUCUUUUGGUAAGAAUUAUAGAGAAACGGAUAGAAGAAGGCAUUCCAAGGACCACUGUCUGGCUCAUUUAAAGUGGGCUAAGCUUAAGGUAGAAGAGGCAAAUUAGUGGAGCUUAACUUGACCAUGCUAGUGGUAGCCCUACCACGUACUGCUCUCUUUCUCCAAGCACUGAAUAUUUACUAUUUCAAUAAGGGGUACCUUGAUGAGCAAUUUAUACAGCUGGAGGAGUUGGAAGAUGAUGACAACCCUAAUUUCGUAGAGGAGAUGGUGACAACGUUCUAUAAUAAUUCUGCUAGACUGCUACAAAACAUUGAACAGGCACUGGUUAGUCGGCCUAUUGAUUUCACCAAGCUGGACAAUUAUAUGCACAGAUUCAAGGGUAGUAGCUCAAGCAUAGGAGCUACAAGAGUGAAGAAAGAAUGCACAAUAUUCACGGAAUACUGCAAAAAAGCCAAUGCAGAAGGAUGCAUUAGGACAUUCCUACAAGUCAAACAAGAACAUGCAUGUUUGAGAAGGAAGCUGGAAACUUACUUUCAGUUGGGAAGACAAGCUGCUGGACCAUCUGCAAAUGCAGGAGGUCAAGUCGGAUGAUUAUAUGGACACACAUGAACGUCGAUCCUUCAUUUCCGGAGUCAUACUUCAUAUAUAUAUAUAUAUAUAUAUAUAUAUAUAUAUAUGAACAGAAGUCCGUGUUAGUGAGUAAAACGAAAGAAUUUUGCAGUGUUUGGAUGUCGCAGAGGCAGUAUUAUUAAUAAUGUCUUGAAAUCUAGAUCCUGUACAAAUAAAACAAGUUCGCUUGUCUAUCUGUAUGGUUUAUGUCUGCUUGUAUUGUCUUGACUGUGCGUGUGUGUGUGAGAGAGAGAGACAGCAAUAUGUUUUAAAACACAUUAAAACACCAAUAUGUUGGGCAUUGGAACUGAAAGCACCAAAAGCUCAAAAUAAUCAUAAAUAUAUUACAGUUGAGGAAAGUUUGCAUGAGCCAGUGUUUCUUUCCUCUUUCCUUCCGACGUAAGAUA